UACAAUUGGAAUUAAAUCGUCCAAACUGACAACUGGAGGAGCGUUCACCUGUCGUUUUUUCAAAGACUCAUCACCUGCAUCUACCUUCCUUCCUCUUCUACAUCUACUGACAUUUCACUUCCGAAGACUGUGCACCUUCCAUGCUGACAGAGAGCGUCCCUGUUGGCCUGAUGUCUUCGGUUGUAGCCCCGGAAAAACCCACCUCCAAUACCAUGGGCCCCAAAGAGGUGGAGCUGAUCCUUGUAAAGGAGCAGAAUGGGGUCCAGUUCACGUCCACCACCUUAGUGGCUCCAGCUCAGACUCAGACCAACCCCAGUGGAGAGGAGAGGGAGACGUGGGGGAAGAAAAUUGACUUCCUCCUGUCUGUCAUCGGAUUUGCUGUGGACCUUGCCAAUGUCUGGAGAUUCCCUUACCUCUGCUACAAGAAUGGGGGAGGUGCCUUCCUGGUGCCAUACCUGUUUUUCAUGGUGAUAGCAGGCAUGCCUCUCUUCUACAUGGAGCUGGCUCUGGGACAGUACAACAGAGAGGGGGCAGCAGGGGUCUGGAAGAUCUGUCCCAUAUUUAAAGGCGUUGGCUUUACAGUGAUCCUCAUUUCCCUCUACGUCGGUUUCUACUAUAAUGUCAUCAUCUCCUGGGCUCUGUUCUACCUCUUCUCCUCGUUCACCGGAGAGCUGCCCUGGGUGCACUGCAACAACACCUGGAACAGUCCUAACUGCUCCGACUGGGCCGACAACAGCUCAGUCAGUGACAUUUACAAGGCCACCCCUGCUCAGGAGUACUUUGAACGAGGGGUGCUCCACAUCCAGGACAGUAAUGGUAUUGAUGACUUGGGUCGUCCACGCUGGCAGUUGACCUCCUGUCUAGCUGUGGUGAUUGUUCUGCUCUACUUCAGUCUCUGGAAGGGAGUCAAGACCUCUGGCAAGGUUGUGUGGAUCACAGCCACCAUGCCCUAUGUGGUCUUGACUGUGCUGCUGCUCCGCGGAGUCACUCUGCCUGGAGCCAUCGAUGGCAUUAAGGCCUACCUCUCUGUGGACUUCCUGAGACUCUGUGAUGCCAAGGUCUGGAUUGAGGCAGCCACACAGAUUUGUUUCUCGCUGGGAGUGGGGUUUGGUGUGCUAAUUGCCUUUUCCAGCUACAACAAAUUCAGCAACAACUGUUACAGAGACGCCAUCAUCACCAGCUCCAUCAACUCUUUAACCAGUUUCUUCUCUGGCUUUGUGGUCUUCUCCUUCCUUGGUUACAUGUCCCAUAAACACAACGUUGCCCUGGACAAAGUAGCCAGAGAUGGUGCUGGGUUGGUGUUUGUCAUUUACCCAGAAGCCAUUGCAACAUUACCUGGUUCAUCAGUGUGGGCGGUUAUCUUCUUCAUCAUGUUGCUGACACUGGGCAUUGACAGUGCUAUGGGUGGGAUGGAGUCGGUGAUCACGGGGCUGAUUGAUGAAUUCAAAUUCCUCCACAAACACAGGGAGCUGUUCACCCUCUUCAUUGUUGCUGCCACCUUUCUCAUAUCCCUUUUCUGUGUUACAAAUGGUGGGAUGUAUGUGUUUACUCUGCUGGACCACUUUGCAGCAGGAACAUCUAUUCUCUUUGGAGUGCUUAUUGAAGCCAUCGGCAUCGCGUGGUUCUAUGGAGUGGAUCGUUUCAGUGAUGACAUUGAGGAGAUGAUUGGCCAGCGACCAGGCAGGUACUGGAGGCUGUGCUGGAAGUUUGUCAGCCCCUGCUUCCUCCUGUUUAUGGUGGUGGUGAGCUUUGCCACAUUCAACCCUCCAAACUACGGCUCCUACAUGUUUCCUCCAUGGGCUAACGUGGUGGGGUGGUGUCUGGCCAUUUCUUCAAUGACCAUGGUGCCUCUCUAUGCCAUCUACAAACUGUGCACACUGCCUGGAAGGUUUUGCGAUAGACUAGCUUAUGCCAUCACCCCAGAGCCAGAGCAUCAUUUGGUAGACAACGGGGAGGUUCGGCAGUUCACUCUGCAUCACUGGUUGGUGGUCUGAGAGCUACAGAGAGAAAGAAAGCCAUAGAGAGAGUGAAAGAGUGAGAGAAAGAAAAUGAGAGUUUGUGAGUGUGGACAUUGGGUGGAUGAAUGCAUGCACAGCAAAGGCCUGACAAGCUAAGAGGAAGAGAGAAAUAGCCAUUUAAAUCGAUCACAAUGAUAGCGCUGGGGGUGGUGGUGGAGGGAGCAGUUUAAAAGAGCUGACAAAAAACCCAUAGAAAAUGUAGUGUUCUUUAAUUUCAACAGUGGAUGCGUGAAGCUGUGCAUUGACCCUCUCCACCAUUGUGUUGACAAUGGUGAAUGGGAUUCAGUCAAACAGGUCAUGUGGUGUUUCAGCCUGCUACUUCCAUAGAUACAAAAAUCACCUUGAGGGCAUACAGUGUAACUUUUAGCCCAUUGGUUAUCUUCACUUUGCAGUGUGAGAAACAUUCAUUUCUUGUAUUACCCAUUCAUAACAAGGAGCGGUGAAAGCCACGCAGAAUGGUUUACUUUACAUUGUGUCAAAGGCAGGGUGACACAAAAUAAAAGAGUAAAACUCAAAAUGCCAUGACAUUUCUUUGGGGUAAAACGUGGAUUUAUUUUUUGUUAACGUAAUGGGGUGUAGAUGUUAAGGUGCUACACACAACAAA